AUGGACAAAAAAUCGCACUCGAAGGAGGCGCAAGUCACCGCAAUUGCGGACGACACACCGAUUUCUGUGGAGUCGAAACGACUCGUCGCGGACGUCUUCGGCGACGAAGAUGGCCACGACAUCAAGUACAAGACUCUGAGUUGGCAGCUCGUCGCCGCACUUAUGAUAACGGAGAUUGUGAGCAACGGCAUGCUCACCCUCCCAAAUGCCAUGGCGGCCGUGGGAAUCGUCCCUUCUCUAGUUCUCACGAUUUUUCUCGGCGUCUUCGCUCUGUUCACGGCUAAACUGUUGGUCGAUUUCAAGCUCAAUCAUCCUGAAGUGCACAAUAUGGGAGACGCGGGUUACAUCAUGUUUGGGCCCAUAGGCCGAGAGGUCCUCUCCCUGGGAUCCAUCAUCUUCGCGGUCUUCGCGGUCGGGGCCCUGGUCUUGACAGGCCAACAGGCACUCACAGUCUUAACAAACAACGCACUGUGCGCGUCCAUCUUCCUCGUCAUUGUAACAGUCGCUGUCUUUCUACUCUCCUUACCUCGCACCCUACAACGGCUGAGCUGGUUGGGGUUAUGUAGUGCGGUCUUCAUCGGUCUCUCCGGAACCAAUCCCAUUCCUGGGCGCACUGUAGUCGCAACUGUACCAACAAACUUUUAUCAAGCAUUUCUAGCCAUUACAGGACCGGUAUUUGCUUACGCAGGUCACUUUGUGUUCUUCAUCCUCAUCUCAGAGAUGCGCCGUCCCGAGGAUGCCAUGAAAGCCGCCUGGGUCCUCCAAGGGUUCGCUACGACAUUCUAUGCCGUCUUCAGCGUCGUGGUAUACGUCUAUAUCGGAAGCACUGUGGAGUCUCCCGCGCUCUUCUCCCUGUCUCCGAUCUGGGUCAAGAUCACCUUCGCAUUCGGACUCGUCAACUUCCUCAUCACCGGCGCGCUCUAUACCCACACCGCCGCCAAGCUCGCCUUCGUCCGCCUCUUCCGCGGCACGUCGCACCUGCACACGCACACCGCGCGCGGCUGGGCUGCCUGGCUCGCGCUCUGUCUCGCCGCCAGCGCGAGCGCGUGCGUGCUCGCCGCCGCCGUGCCUAUCUUCGCGGACCUCGUCGGCAUCACCGCGUCCCUCUUCGCGUCCUGGUACACGUACGGCAUCGCCGGGUUCUUCUGGCUCUUCGACGCGUACCACGGCAUCGGCAAGCGUGCGCGUGGGAGGGGAUUGGCAGCGUGGCAGAGACGGUGGGGGAUGGCGGCGCUGGCGGGCGCGACGGUGCUCGCGGGGGCGUUCAUGUGCGUCGCGGGAACCUAUGUGUCCGUUAAGCUCAUCGUCGACGCUUAUCGCGAAGGGCUAGUGGGGAAACCGUUCACAUGCUAA